GCGACAUCUUAUUUUAUCCUGUCAAGGCAGAUUAAAUAUAUUUCCAUUUGAUGAUCCGUUAUGUUCAUUUGCGAUGGAAAGUAUUUCAUACGAGCAAUCUGCCAUUACGUACGUAUGGAAAAACGAUGAAGAUACUUUAAGAAAAAGUCCAUCAUUAACAACGCUCAAUGCUUAUUUAAUACAAAAUGCAACAACUGCGUGUCCAAUCAAGCGAAACUAUAGUUGUCUCAAAGUGGAUCUAAUUUUUACUCGUGAUCGUGCAUUUUAUUUCACAACCGUUUUCAUUCCCGGAAUUAUUUUGGUCACCUCGUCGUUUAUAACAUUUUGGUUGGAAUGGAACGCUGUGCCGGCAAGGUCAAUGAUAGGCAAUUAUAGUUGUCUCAAAGUGGAUCUAAUGUUUACUCGCGAUCGGGCAUUUUAUUUUACUACUGUAUUCAUUCCCGGCAUUAUAUUGGUCACCUCAUCGUUUAUAACAUUUUGGUUGGAAUGGAAUGCCGUACCGGCAAGAGUAAUGAUUGGUAUGUACGAUCUGUGUGCAAACUUGAACAAUACGACAAAUUAGUUGUGGGUUUUCUUUCUGAAUUCGAAUGUUUUGUUUA